AUGUCGGUCAUUUCCAAUUUUCAUACGGUGUUCCAGCACGGUGAAUUUCGAGCUACAUUGGGAUUGGAGAAUCGGUUUGGUUUAAAUCAGAGAGCCGUAAAAGUCCAGAUCUUGAGGCCUUUCCAUGAGGUAUCUUUAAAUCACUCAAAAAAGGCGUUCACGGGUCCAAGUAUUCGGAUGUCAUUGGUGGAUGAGAGGCUUACUAGUAGUAUUGUCCUAAAGCCUGCUGAUAUUUUGGCAUAUGAUCUUGUUCAAGGAGCAGAUGUAAGGUGGAGUUACAUUUUGGACAAAUCAGCACCAGAGCCUCCUACUGCUGUUCUUCUUCAUGGCAUUCUAGGUAGCAGGAAAAACUGGGGAACUUUUGCUAGGAGAUUAGCCAAAGAGUUUCCGAAGUGGCAGUUUCUCCUGGUGGACCUGCGGUGUCAUGGGGAUUCAACAUCUCUAAAGAAGAGGGGGCCCCACACUGUUGCUUCAGCUGCUCUUGAUGUCUUGAAGCUACUUGGGCAGCUGAAGUUAACUCCUCGAGUUGUAGUUGGUCACAGCUUUGGUGGAAAAGUUGCCUUGAGCAUGGUGGAGCAGGUUGCAAAACCUCUUGCACGACCUGUUCGAGUCUGGGUUUUAGAUGCUACUCCUGGAAAAGUUAGAGCUGGUGCAGACGGAGAUGACCAUCCUGCUGAACUUAUCUCUUUCCUUGGUAAAUUGCCAUGUGAGAUCUCUUCCAAAAAGGAUGUUGUAAAUGCUCUUGUUCAAGACGGCUUCUCGAUGGAUGUAGCACAGUGGGUGGUAACUAAUCUUCGGCAGAAUCGUAUUAACGGGACAUCAUCUUCAAGCUUCUCUUGGGUGUUUGAUCUCAAUGGUAUUGCUGAGAUGUAUCAAUCAUAUGAGGAUACAAAUAUGUGGAAAAUUGUUGAAGAAGUCCCUCGAGGUGUUCAUAUUAAUUUUCUAAAAGCAGAGAGAAGUUUGCAUAGGUGGGCCAAGGAAGAUUUGCAGAGGAUUCAUGUUGCUGAGGAACAAGCUGUAGAGGAGGGUGGCGGAGUUGAAAUGCACGUGCUUGAAGAUGCUGGUCAUUGGGUACAUGCUGAUAACCCAGAUGGACUCUUUAGGAUUCUUUCAUUCUCAUUCCAAGGAUUUUAG